AUGGAAUCCACGUCGGUGGAAUAUCAGGAAACAGAUGUCGACGCCGGAAUCAUGCCUUCCGCUUCUUUCCCCGUGAAUCACUCAUCAGGUCCGAUCGGAUCGGAUUCCGGUUCAAUGACCGGCGAUAUAAUGUCUCUCAUGUCUCCGCCAAAUAGUGCGCCGGUUGAUAAACGAACCCCAAACGUAUCUGUUGGAGACAAGACCACCUAUCCCAACCAUGCGAGUCCCUUGACCUCGCUGCUUCUCGAUGAGCAUGUUUGGAAAGAUCAGACCUCUCCUCUUCCACCCCCGGUGUGGGAUUAUCUACGUGAUAAUAGGGAGUGGGAUGCUUUGCUCACAGGAGAGGACUUUGAUCUGGAUGCCGUCAAUUUGUCCUUACUGUGCGCAACAUCAGACUUUCCUCCGCCGGAAGCAUCGCCGGAUGCAAUACCCGAAUUAGAUAGGAGUCGGCUUCAACCACCUCCUAAUCUUGUCGCAGACUCUGCUAAACAACAUACCAAUCUGGCUCAGGAAAAAUGGCACACUUUCUCUGAGCUAUGCUCUGGUCAAAUGACCCCAAUCCCACCGGAAAAUAGCCUCAUUGAUGAUUCCUAUCGAAAGCGACUUGCAGAGCGUCUCCAGCCCCGCGUACAGCAUGGAAUAUUACCAUCCACGCCUUUUCUUGACCUGUGCAUCCAAGCAUACUUCUCCAAGUUUCACCCUUUAUUCCCUAUUGUGCACGUCCCCACCUUUCGACCCGGGAUUCAGAACUCGAUUCUCCUUCUUUCCAUAUGUUCUGCAGGGAGUCUAGUAGUGGGGUCACCGCGUGCAAUAUCUCAUGGUAUCAGCAUGUUUGAAAGACUGAACAAAGCUAUUCUCUCUUCGUGGGAAACAUAUGUUGUGAAAUCAGGAAGCUACUCUUUGAUAGCUAUGCAAGCGGUUAUGUUGGGGCAGACCUUUGGUCUUUUGCUAGGGAGACCCAAAGAUCUUACGGGAAUUGACGUAUUUCACGGCACUAUUGUUGGUUGGGCACGGAAAUCGAAACUUUUCAACUUACCGCGCUUGGAACAAAACCCUAUCAACGUUGAAGGCAAGGCUCUUGAGGAUAUGUGGCUAAAAUGGAUUCAGUUGGAAGUAAAAAAAAGGAUCGCUCUCGCCUUAACCAUUCAUAAUGCCGAGCUGGCCACUCUUCACCAUCACGAACCCAUUCUACGAAGUUCACCUGAACGCCUCCCUUGUCUAUCCUCCAAUGACCUGUUCAUGGCAUCUAGUGCUCAUCACUGGAAAGGACUAAUGAUACAAGCUCAGAUUCAGAACUCCUCCGCAAAUGCCCCUCAAUCACCCCUAAUAACGACCUCGAACAGAUUUCACAAUCGCGUUCCCCAAGCUAAUCCUACGGGAGACUUCGAACUAUGUGCAAUGCUAGAAUGCAUCAGUGCACUGGCCAGUGAAGAGCGAGAAAAGGAACCCGGAAUUGAUCCUACGGAAUCGUCACAAGCAUCCAGAUGUCACCACCUCCUCAUAACCUGGUACAACAAUUACCAGCCCACCAUGGCCGGAAGACCAAGCUGGGCCUGCCUUAUGAUGCUUUGGCACUCGGUCUUCAUGAUGCUCCAUGUCGAUUUCAACUCCUUGGAAUGCGUCUUAGGUCGAGAAGGCUACGACGUUGCUCAGACCCAUCUUCCCUACGCACGAGCCUGGGUUCACUCUGCGGAUGCGAAACGAUGUCUUUUGCAUGCUAUGCUCACUCAGAAGAGCUUCGAGUCUCUCCCCGCAGGUGCAGAGCCGGCAUUUCACGUUCCGAUGUGCUUGUAUUAUUGUGGUCUUAUCUGGGCGUGCUUUAUGUCGUUUAAAGGAGACCAAAACCCAGUCACUCUGGUCGCGGGAGACAAUUUCCAAUUCAACGAGUUGAGUUUGCAGGGCAUUGAUGGGAUCGGGCCCCUUUUGGAACAGACAGGUGGUUUACAGCCAAGUAAAUUAGCGAUGGGGUCUUUGUUUAGGAUUAUUGAUCUGUUGCAACGGAUCAGCCAUUGGAAGAUUUCGCAGAGUUUAGCGUCCACUCUUUUGGCGCUUGCUGAAGAGACACAAGAUCUAUUCUGA